AUGGAGCGCCCCUCCAAGCGGACAAAAAUAUCCACAGAUCCACUUCAAGAGGAUGAAAGUCUGAAAAGUGGCAUCUCGACACCACUCGCAUCCCUGCAAAGGUCCAUCUCACCGCCGGCUCGGACACGCUCCGGGCAAACCUUGGCAUCGAUCUCGACAUGUCCUGAGAUUCCUGGUGAUCAGGAUAAUGGAUCCCCAGCAGAUAGUACCAACUCCCCUUGUCUCAUUACCUCACCUUUCCAGCUUACUCAUAUCCAAGACCUCCCGGACAAAGGAGGCUUCAAUGAUGGUACAGUCAAAUUACGCGACAUUCUUGGGGAUCCCAUGAUCAAGGAGUGCUGGCAAUUCAAUUACUGCUUUGAUGUGGAUUUCGUGAUGUCCAAGUUUGAUCAAGAUGUCCGAGGCCUCGUUCAAGUCAAAAUUGUUCAUGGAUCUUGGGAGAGGGAAUCCAUGAAUAAGGUUAGGAUAGAUGAAGCAUGUACUCGGUAUCCGAAUGUCGAGGCUAUUACAGCCUAUAUGCCAGAGCGUUUCGGGACCCAUCAUUCCAAAAUGAUGGUCCUUCUCCGCCAUGAUGAUCUUGCCCAGGUCAUUAUCCAUACUGCCAAUAUGAUUCCACAAGAUUGGGCAAAUAUGACUCAAGCAGUUUGGCAAUCACCGUUGCUGCCUUUGCUAAGCCCAGGGGCCUUAUCCUCUUCCCCAGAGAGUAAAUCUCCAGGUACCGGUUCACGGUUCAAGAGAGACUUGCUUACAUACCUGAGGGCAUACGGCCCCAAGAAAACAGGCCCGCUAGUGCAGCAGCUAAGUCUGUAUGACUUUAGUGCGAUACGUGCUGCUCUUAUUGCAAGUGUACCUUCAAAACAAAAUCUUAUUGACCUUGAACCCGACAAUACAACAUUAUGGGGCUGGCCGGCCCUGAAGGAUCUCAUGGGCCAAGUUCCUGUGCGGCGAUCCGAAGAAAAGGACCGCCAAAAGUGUCAUAUUGCUAUACAGGUAUCGUCGAUAGCUUCUCUCGGCCAGUCAGACAAAUGGAUAAAAGAGUUCUUCAAAGCUCUUGCACCAUCAUUCGAUCCCCCACCAAAAUACUCCAUCAUAUGGCCCACAGCAGAAGAAGUUUGUCAUUCUCUAGGCGGAUUUGCAUCCGGCGGCUCAAUCCACAUGAAGACUCAAAGCGCAGCUCACCAGAAACAACUACAAUAUUUACGCCCGCAUCUAUGUCAAUGGACCGGUGAUUCAAAGGUCAUCGACCUUUCCGAAGACAAACCCCAACGCGAGGCUGGUCGCGGCAGAGCCGCACCUCAUAUAAAAACAUACAUUCGAUUUUCCGACGAGAAGAUGGAAACUAUCGACUGGGCUAUGGUGACGUCUGCAAACUUGUCCACGCAGGCCUGGGGUGCAGUCCCAAACGCAAGUGGCGAAGUAAGAAUAUCCAGCUUUGAGAUUGGUGUGGUUGUUUGGCCUGAGAUAUACAAUGAUUCUGCCUCACUGGACUCGGCACAAAGUAAGGAACCUUCGGAUACAUUAAUGGUACCUUGUUUCAAGCAGAACCAGCCUGAACCGUCUCACCUGUCUCCGGGUGCUGCUACUGUGGUUGGACUGCGCAUGCCUUAUGAUCUUCCACUUACUGCAUAUCGGCCUUCAGAUGAGCCAUGGUCCUCGACGGUUCUUCAGCGCAUGGCAGCAGAAUGGGGCGUAGGAUUGUGA